AUGAACCACGAUCUAUUCAGAGCAAGCAACACAAGCAUCAAACAACAAGAAAUACAGCCAGCAACAGAUGCAACGUUGCCUUCACAACAUGACACUGCGGUGCCAUCUUCGACUGAACCUGAAAUUUCAAAGAGCCCAGGAACUAAAACCAGGUCUCGUUCCGUGAAUGAUCAUUCUGCUCCUCUUAAUUUAUUUGAAGAAUCAAUCAAAGAGAAGAGACUUACACCAAACUCUAGCCAUAAAAGGAGUAGCUCUUUGGAGGAUUUGUCUUCCUCAGCUCCAAGGCCUGCAAAUGAAACUCUUAAUCAAUCGGUCAAUAUAGCACUUAUGCCGAAUACCACAAGUAAGGAACGUGUCGUUCAUCAUCAACGUGACAAAUUUCUAUUCGAUGGUGAUAAAUUGUUGAAGAAGCCAUCACCUAUGAGGACUAGAUCUGAACAACCUACAUCUCACUUCAAUCCUCAUGUAUCGCCUGAGGUAAUAGACCCUCGCUACAGUUUAAAGAUUGAGCCUACUCAAGAGUUAGUUUCAUAUUCCAUUAUGGACUUGAACAAAUCAGCUGAUAAUAUACUGCCUGCAAGAGCAAGUUCAGAUCAUUCUUCUACAACUCAUAGACAUGAUGGACAUUCUUUGGGAGUUUCCUCUGCUAGAGGGUCUCAUUACAGAAAAGCCUUUCCAGGAAAUUGGAUUCCCAGUGGUAAUAGCAACAAAUUCAAAGGAAUAGGGAAUCCAGAAUACAACAAUUCUAUCAACACUGCUGGAAAUGCUAUCAAACACAGCUUUAAAGAGUUUAAGAAAAACAUUAGAGAUGGAGUUGAAAGGGGUGUGACAACAGUGCGAAAUGCUCCUUCUUUCAUCAAAUCUGUUCCAAAAAAAAUUAUUCCAAAACAAAACACAAUUUACAGCAAUUCUAAAGAUGAUGAUAAUAAGCUUGAUAUUCUAGAAGAAUUUUCUACCUUUGAUGAGCAACAACGAGAAGCUAUUGGUGAAGUGUAUAUAACAAAUAUUCAAACUAGAAAUUUAAAGUCAGUGGAGGGUUAUGCUACUGAGCCAGUACCCACUAACUCACAAAAACAAUCAAAAGGAUCUAAUCUUUCUGUGGGAGCAGAAAAAGAAAGCUACCAAUCAUCUCCUCGCUCCAACGAAAACAACUCCGAAAAUAUUUUGUUUGAGGACUAUAUCACUUACUGUGAAGUUUUAUGUGAGGGAAAAGUUCAUAGAACCAUGCCUCUGGCGGGUGCCUACCUCAACAAGAAGCUUAAAUGGUCUGAAGAAUUUAAGUUUUACAUAUCUGACGAAACGAGCUCUAUAUCUGUUGAAAUUUUUCAUAGCCCAGUCAAACCAAAAAUGAAAAAGGAAAUUAUUUGUUUAGGAUUCGUUUCAAUACCCCUUUCAAAAGUUAAAAUAGCAAAGGACAGAAUACUCGAAGAUUGGUUCUCAUUAACAACUCCUCUUGGAAACAAACUAUAUACUCAGGUUCAUUUACAAAUUCAAUAUGUACCCUAUCAAAAUCCAGCUCUUUCUGCUGCUGACUUAGAGCUUCUUGAUAACAUGAGUUUAGAACCUACCUUUACUCAAGCAACCGAGCCAGUGAAAAGUAAGCCUCAACAAAAGAUGCUACUUGAUGCUCUCAAUAUUGACGUUCACGACUCUUCUCUGGAAAAUUUAUCGUCAUUUCAAUCGUCAGAUCACACUGAUGGAUCAUGCUCCUUGAAUACACCAUCGAUGGUUAAAACCAAUUUAAUAUUGGAUAGUUGCCAACAUGGAAAGGAUCAAAAAGUAAUACAAAAAGUUCAAGAUGAAUUGAAAAAUAUAGACAAUUCGCUAAGAAAUGAUAUUCAGGUUUUGAAAUCAGAUAUUUAUGAAACUAAAAAACAGAUACUUGACAUACAAGAAAUAUCGAAUAUACAUCUGUCUGUAAAACAAAAGAAAAUUGACAACUUGAAAAGCAAAGUAGACAAACUAGAAUCAAGAAUGAAUCACCUUUCCAAUGUAGUUCUGCAGCUAAAUUCAGCUCACUCUACCACAAAGGAUAAAGUUAUUAGUCACGAUGAAGACUUAAAGCUCUACGAGAGCAGAAUCAAGGAAUUGGAGAACAAGGUUCAACUACUCCACAGUCAACGUGCAUCCAUCAAAUUGAAGGAGUGGAUUUUCUACUUUUUGGCAAUUUUGUUGUUCAUUGUCUCAAAGAUUAUUGUGUUAACAGGAUAUGUUUACAAACGUAUCAAGUUGAGACGGCCACCUCAACGUAGCGAUAUUGAUGACGCCUCAGAUGACGAAGAUACUUUUUCUGAAUUGAGAAAACGAAUGGAUGGAGCCGAGAAGCGAUAUAGACAAAUGGCUACAAACACUAAAAAUAUGGUUGUCGAUUCAACAACCACUACCAACGAAGAGCAACCAAGCACUGCCAAGAUAUUCUCCAUGCUGUCUCCAAUUUUACCAUUUCUACAAAAGGCGAAUGAAAUAGAGAAAAAAAUAAGCAACACGAUCACGACUGGAGUAUCUCCCUUCUCAAAUUUUGCAGAGUCUUUUAAAGAAAACAAUCAACCAUAUCCUGACGUUGAUAUUGACAAAAUAGUUGUUUCGAAAAAGAAUUCUAAGGUACGGUUUGACUCAUCUUCUGAUGACGAAGAAGAAAGACUUAUUCGAGAAUUCAACAAUAAGAGGUUGAGCAAGUCAAUAUCGUUUUCAUCAAUAACUAGCUCGGACGAAGUUACCUCUGGUAUGACAUCAGCAUUACCUGAAGCAAGCGAUUCACUACCAGCGAACAAACCAAUACAUGGAAUUAGCUCAAUAAGUCCUAUAAUGGAGUCAUCAAAUACUAGUUUGCUCAGCAUUCAGAUGCCAGAGCAUCAACAGACAUUUUUACUCAAUCAACUUAAAAAAUCAUUUGACAAUCUAGAUGAAUAUGACGACAUGGACGAGACUAGCCCUGAAACGACCACUAGAAUCACAAAAGAAAUCGCCAAAUCGGCCGAAAAUGCAACACCCUCAAAAACACAAUCUUCCAUUAUUCCAGAGGUUCAAGACCAAGCGGAUGCAAAAGAACAAUCUAUUAUUGAAGAAACAGAAAAGUUGCAGUCAAUAUCUCAUUUCUUUAGAAAAUCAGAAAGUAAUUUAUCUAAUUUGAAAUUAGGUGAAAAACUAAAAGCUGAAGAAGAUGAAGGAGAUGAAUUUGAUUCCUGGUUUAAUAAAGUAAGGUAA